CAAGCGGUAAAGCUACCAAACUCUAAAGAAGAGGGUCACUCUUCAAUCUAUAGGAGUUCUCAUUCUCCUUCCCAAUUGGUUAGUACAGCUCAUCCUAGGCUAAACACUGCAUUCAACAUCUUUGAAGUUGCCUGUGAGCUUUAUGGUAAUCAAGAAUUGUUUGGUACAAGAUUGUUCAACUCUGAAACUGGUAAAUAUGAUGAUUUCUAUACUUUUCAAACAUAUCCUCAAGUUAGAAAAAGAAGAAAUGAUUUGGGUUCAGGUAUCAUGAAUUUAUUCCCAAACAAGCGUGAUUUUGUUGUGUCAAUCUUUAGCCCAAAUCGUCCUGAAUUUUUAAUCACAGAGCAUGCAGCUUCUGCUUAUUCCUUACCAAUGACUUCGUUAUAUGAUACAUUAGUCCCAAAAACUACUGAAUACAUUUUAAAUUUGACGGAAUCCCCAAUCUUGGUUUGUCCAAUUGAUAAAAUUUUGAAAAUUCUUUCAAUCGUGGCCUCUCAUGAUAUUCCACAUUUGAAGUAUAUUAUCUCUAUGGACCCAAUCAAUUUUGAAAAAGAUUUUGGUAUCAUUCAAUUAGCUAAAGAAAAUCAUAUUUCAAUCAUGUCUAUUGAUCAAUUAGAAGCAAUUGGGGCAAAAAAUCCUAUUCCUUUCAUUCCACCAAAACCAGAAACUUUAUUUGCCAUUUCAUUCACUUCAGGUACAACAGGAAAUCCAAAAGGUGUUAAAUUGAGUCACAAAUCAGUUUCAGCUGCAAUUGGAGGAUGUAUCUCAUUGAUUAGUAAACCGUUAAGUACUUUGAAAGAGGGUGAAGUACCAACAGCGUAUUCGUUUUUACCGUUGGCUCAUAUUUAUGAAUUGUUGACUGGGAAUUUAAGUAUCAUUAGAGGUUUUAGAACUUGCUUUCCAAAUAGACCAUCUGAUCCUGCUAAUUUUGUGGAAAACAUGAAAAUUUGUAAACCACAUUUCAUAAAUCUUGUUCCAAGAGUUUUGAAUAGAUUUGAAAGUGUUUUGAAACAAGGUCUGAGUUCUACAAUGCAAGGGAGAUAUUUACUAAGUUUAUUGAUGGGUGACUCAAUUCCUGAUUGGUUAAGAAAAUCAUUACAAACAAAAACAAGAAAAACUUUAGGAUUUGAUCGUGUAAGCUUUACAAUCUGUGGCUCUGCACCAAUUAGCCCUCAUACUAUUACUUUCUUGAACAAAAUUUUGGGAAUUGGUUACAGACAAGGUUACGGAAUGACUGAAUCCUUUUCAUUUACAUCUGCUUCAAGCGUUGCAGAUCCAGACUAUCUGAAUUGUGGUGGUGUUAGUAUUACUCAAGAAUUAAGACUAAAAGAUGUUCCAGAUAUGGGUUAUUUGACUGUGGAUGAGAAUGGUAAUGAAUUAGAGGAACCAAGAGGUGAAAUUUUAUUACGUGGACCACAAAUUCUAGAUGGUUAUUACAAGAAUCCAGAGGCAACUAAGGAAACUUUGAAUGAUGGCUGGUAUAGUACUGGGGAUGUUGGCCACGUUGAUAAACUUGGGCGUAUCUAUGUUAUUGAUCGUGUUAAAAACUUUUUCAAAUUAAGCCAAGGUGAAUAUGUUUCUCCUGAGAAAAUUGAAUCUGUUUAUAUGAGUGAAUGUGAUUAUUUAUCACAAAUUUUCGUUGCAGGGGUAUCUAUUGAAAGAUAUUUGGUUGGUGUUGUUGGUAUUGACCCUAUUGCCAUUAGAAAGAUAUUCAAAAAGCUUAGCCAUGUGCAUGGUGAUAAUGAAUUGGUUACAAAGAUUAAUAAGAGUACUGAAUUAAAGAAGGAUAUCUUACAUUUAAUGAAUAAGAAUGUCAGUCAUGAAUUACAAGGCUUUGAAAAGAUCCAUAAUUUGAUUGUUGCGAUUGAGCCCUUGAAAAUUGAAGAUGAAACAAUUACACCAACAUUCAAAGUCAAGAGACCUAAUGCAAACAAGUUUUUCAAAAAACAAAUCAACGAUAUGUAUUCUCAAGGUGACCUGCUUAGAGGAGAAAAGAUUUAG